CACGUGGACUUCCCGGAGGUCCCGGCCGCCCUCCUGGCCAACCUCAACCGGCAGCGGGUGGAGGGGAAGCUCUGCGACGUCUCCAUCCACGUGCAGGGCCGCGUGUUCCGCGCGCACCGCGCCGUCCUGGCCGCCUCGUCGCCCUUCUUCCACGACCAGGUGCUGCUCAAGGACAUGACGUCCAUCGUCCUCCCCGGCGUCAUGGACCCCGGCGCCGUCGAGACCGUCCUGGGCGCCGCCUACACCGGCCGCCUGUCCAUGGCCGCCGACGAGGUGGUCAACCUGCUCACGGUGGGCAGCGUCCUGCAGAUGUGGCACAUCGUGGACAAGAGCGCGGAGCUGCUCAAGGAGGGCCGGGCCGGCGGGGCGGCCGGCGCCCCCGAUGGCGGCAAACUCAACGUCAUUGGCGUCAAACUCAACGUCAUUGGCGUCAAACUCAACGUCAUUGGCGUCAAACUCAACAUCAAUGGUGUCAAACUCAACAUCAAUGGCGUCAAACUCAAUGCCAUUGGCGUCAAACUCAACGGCGUUGAGCCCAAUGGCGUCAAACUCAACAUCAAUGGCGUCAAACUCAAAGGCGUUGAGCCCAAUGGUGUCCAACUCAACAUCAAUGAACCCAACGGCGUCCAACUCAAUGUCAUUGACCUCAAUGGGGUCCAACUCAACGGCGUUGACCUCAGUGGGGUCCAACUCAACGGCGUUGAACUCGACGUUGUUGACCCCAACGGCCUCGAACUCAAUGGUGCCCAACUCAACAUCAUUGGCCUCAACGGCAUCGAGCUCCAUGGCGCCGAUGGCGUCAACCUCAACCUCGUUGAACUCAACGGUGUCGAACUCAAUGGCGCCAACGUCGUUGAACUCAACACCAUCGAACCCAACGGCGUUGACCUCAACGUCAUUGAACUCCACGGCGUCAAC